AUGUUGGGCAGAUGCCACAAAUGGUACAGAGAACUAAGUCCACCAUUUGCAGUAUGCAGAAUAAACGGCAUUACUCAAAAAUCUACCAAGAACAGUUACUUGAAGCUUGGAAGCCCAGAUACAUUCAGAAUAUUUAACCUUCAAAUCCCAGAAAGAAAUAAUAUUCUACACAAGAUUGAAUGGACACCAAAGAAAGAAGAAAGAUAUUUAUUGGAAUGGCGCAAUAAUCCUCAACCACAACAUGCAAAGCUACUUAGAAUGCACACCAAGUUUAUAAAUGAGCCUGUAUUAUAUAUGGAAACGGAGGAUACAAAAACAAAACAGUCUCAUUGGUGGCCGACCUUUGAGCCCACUGUACAACAUCCUAAACCACCUUAUGACAAGCAGAGCACUCACCGGAAUGAUUUCCAGAAGCCAAACUGUAUUUUGUCUCGGCCUGUUAAACAUCCCUCUAAGUUACAGCCUUCAUAUGGAAUAGUUCCUCUUGCAUCGCCUCAACUGCCGAGUCGCCUUCCGAGAAUUUUCCAAGAGCAGCUCACUUUCAAAUAUAACUAUAAUUCCAGAGCAACUCCCUGCGUUCCCUAUCAAGGAAAGAAACAGGGCACAAUUAUUUUGACAGAGAAAAAAACAGACAGUAAGAUAAUGCCUUCUAUACAGGGGUCAGACAUACUGGAGGACCUCAAAUCAGAAAAAGGACCCCCAGUAGAAAAUGGUGUAGCCACAGCCCACUCAUUUGAUGCUCAGAAGACAUCACCACAUUCUGAUGCACACUCAUCAGAACCAGCAAUGAAUUUGGAAACCAAGGCAGACCCCAGAAUUCCAGAAAUGGACCAGGAGACUUCGGAGAGUCCUCAAACUGACAAAGUGAAGGAUACUUUUAGCCCAUCGAAAACAGUUUCCUUUAGGGAACCACAGAGCCUGUUACCUCCACUUGGUGAAGCUGCACCAUCAACACCUGACACUUAAGUAGUCUAGAUGACAUGAGUCUGCCUGGUGUAAUUUCAAUACAACUACACACAGACUGACAUCAGCAAACUGUUCAAAAGAAUAAUUGUAACACAGUAUGUUUUUAUGACUAUAAAAACUAG